ACUGACCCUUAAUAAAUCUAAAACUGAAUUCAUGCUGGUCGGCUCGCGCCAAAGACUAAGUACCUUUGAGAACUCUCCUCGUUUAGUUCUCAAUAAUUCCCUAAUUAAGGAAGUCCCUAAUACAAAAUCUCUAGGAGUCUGCGUCGAUCAGCACCUCUCCUGGAACGCGCACAUUACUAAUAUUUCCAAAAAAAUUGCUUCUGGAAUCGGCGCAAUCAAGAGAUGUCGCCCAUUUGUUCCACUCGAAACACUAAGGUACGCUUUUAACGCAAUUGUUCAACCCCAUUUUGAUUACUGCGAUGUAGUAUGGGGAAAUUGUUAUAGUACCCUUGCCACAAAACUCCAGAAGCUACAAAACCGUGCCGCGCGAAUUCUGACUUUUUCCAGUUUCGAUGCCGACGCUCACCCGCUCAUCGAGAGCCUAGGCUGGUCGAAGCCUGUUGAUCGACGCAGGGCCCAUAUGGCUACUAUGGUGUACAAAUCUCUUAACGGCCUAGCCCCGGAUUACCUUCAAUCUAAAUUCGAACACCAUGUAAGCCACUACCAAAUAAAAGAUUCUGUAAACAAACUCUCUGUUCCGCAACCCCGCACCAAUUAUCUAAAGAACAGUUUCCAUUAUAGUGGUGCAGUUUUGUUGAACAGCCUUCCUCCAUACCUACGUCAAGCAGAAUCUCUUAACAGCUUUAAGUCCGGCUGUGGAAAUUUCUUUUUAUAAUAACACGGCAUUCAUGGAAAACAGGCAAUCAUUGUAAUAUUAUAGUU